AUGGUGAUCCCAACUAUCCCAGCAUCAAAAGCAACUGGAAUGCCACCAGCCCUUUUCCUGUCUGGACCAUGUAAAGUGUGUGAGCAGCCAGCACGUGGCAGGCACUUUGGGGUGAUGAGCUGUCGCGCCUGUGCAGCGUUUUUCAGAAGAUCUGGCAAUGGAAAUUCGAAGUACUUGGGAAGACUCUGCGAGAAAAAAGACUGCAAGAUAUUUCAUAACGGAAAAUACCAGUGCAAAGUAUGCAGACUCAAAAAGUGUCACGAUGUUGGCAUGGAUCCUAUGAAAUUUCAAACUGAUCGAGAUUUGAUUUCUUCAACAUUUCUAGCUCGAGCCAACUCUAUUAGCCCUCAAAGUCUAUCAAAUUUUCUCGGUCGACCAGAAUUUAUUUUGAGCUGUGAACCAGACAAAGCAUCUCAUAUCAAGACACUGAUUGAUGUCUCUUUCCUUAUCGAUAAAGCCAGAAUGUUUUUCGAAUACAACACUUCAGGAUAUGACAUUCCAUUGAAAUUUGAUAAUAGUUUGGAGAAAUUGACAUUUGCCAUGGAAGAUAUGAAAUUGAAGAGAGCGAAUCUUGAUAUUGCAACAGUCAAAUAUAUCGGAAAAGCUGAGAAUAUGAUAUUUUGGGAAUGCGCUUUCAUCGGAGCUGCACAAUGGUUCUCAGAACUUCCAGAGUUUGUAGAGCUUCAUAUUGAUGUGAAGAUAGAAAUCUUAAAAACUGCUUGGCUAUUAUGGGCACGAUUGGAUAAGUUGGCUCAAACCGCUGACUUUCACAGAAGAAACAUUUUGGAAGGUAAUAAAUACUUGUGGACAGAAGAUACAUGUACAGACUUGAAAGAUGUUGAAGUGGAUCUGAAAUGGUGUACUAACUAUACAAAAGAACAGUUGGCAGCACUUAUGGUUCCUGACGUCAAUAUUCACUGGAAAACAUGUUUGGAUAUAUUUAUGGAGCUGGAACCAACAAAUACAGAAAUCAACUUCCUUAUUAUUGAGCUAUGUUUGGGUGAAGUUCUCAAAAAGUUUGAUGGAGAAAUAGUGGAAGCAGCCGAUCGAUUACUUCAAACACAAGCAGACAAUCUACACCACUACUACGUGAACAGAAUGAAAAUGCCGCAUUAUUCGGGUCGGCUUGCUAAACUUAUCCGAGUGAAUCGGGAGAUUCAAGCAGAAGUACGAGAGAGGAAAGAACAUAAAUUCAUUGGAAAUUUAUUCAAUUUGUUCUCGGUUGAGUUUUCACAUCCGGAUAUGUUUGAUUAUUCCUGA